UCUUUUAGCUCCACUCUUAUUUGAAGAUUCUAAAGGUAAACGAUACAAUCAAUACCAAGCCCAGAGAGCUAGCUGGUCUGAUGUGGCACGAGCCAGUCUCAGAUCCCCACAUUGGUAUCAGACUACUCAGAUCCGUGUCUCGCCUCCCCCUGAUCCAUCGCCACCAUGUCCCCUGCACACAAAGACCCUGCCCCAGUCACCACCAACAAGUCCUUAUACCACACCGACAGCUAUCAGUUGUCGGAGCAAACUAUCUGUUUGCCGUUGUCAUAGCAUUGCGCCCCUGCACUCGUGAGAUUUGUCGACGAGUGCUCAAUAUUCUCAAACGACGCUGCAGAAGGCGCCAUUGCUACACAAUCCACACUGUCCCAUAUCUCCUUUAUUUUUUCUUCUCUCUCGGCUCCUUUCCACAAAAAACAACGAUUAUUCGUUAUAGCCGCGGAUGUAAGCCUUUUUGCCCUAUUGCCUAUCGAAAGCCUUUGAGAAGAUGACGAGAUGUAUUCCUUUCGAAAGCAGUGCGGUGGGGCAAAAGACUGUCGAUUCUCCGCGGUGCACAUCCACAUGUACACAUUAUAUAAUCACCCUCCUGCUCCACCUCCCUUGGCGCAUUGGUCGUUUCUUUUUUUUAUACAUGUAUACGCUUUGGACAUCGUAUUGAUCUGCUCAUGUGCACCCUUUUUCUUUCUAGUCGCGGUAUUUUCGAACCCAUC